AUGUUGGACCAAUCGUAUCCAGAGACAUGCCUAUCCGAAUGGGAAGGAUUCGGACGAAUGAAAUUUCGGCACUCAACAAAUGGGUUGGGACGAGGAAUCCAACGUACCAUAACCACGAGCCAUCAGGCCCAUCACUACAACACAAACACGUGUCGGUGGGUCCCCCUCUUUGAGGCAUUGAAUGUAGACGUUGAAUCAACCAAAGAAAACCAUCCAAUCUACACCGUCCAAUCACGUAAGUACAGAAGAUAUGCGGUUAAGAUUUCUACUGUGUCUUACACUUAG